CCAUGAACCAUAUCUUCGUAUUUUGUUUCUUUUCUUUCUCUCUGUCUCUUCCUAUAUAUAAGCAUCCAUCGCUAGGUCCUUUAUUCAUUCAACAAUAUUAAACCAGCCAAAGAGAUAUACAUUCUUUUGUCUCCGUGAGACGAUCGAUCAUUUAUCUUCAGUCUCCGUAAUUUCCAGCAAUUUCAGGGCAAGAAGAUAUGGGUUUCGUUUCCAGCAAUAACCAGCAACACUUGCUGUCCAAGAUAGCUACAGACGGCGGCCAUGGCGAAAACUCGUCGUAUUUCGAUGGCUGGAAGGCUUACGACAGUGAUCCUUACCAUCCCACCGGCAAUCCUGACGGCGUCAUCCAGAUGGGUCUUGCAGAAAACCAGCUUUGCUUUGAUCCGAUCGAGGAAUGGGUCGUGAACAACCCGAAAGCAUCCAUCUGCACCGCCGAAGGGGCCGGCAACUUCAAGGAUACAGCCAUCUUUCAGGACUACCAUGGCUUGCCGGAGUUCAGAGAGGGCGUGGCCAAUUUCAUGGCCAAGGUGAGAGGAGACAGAGCCCGGUUCGAUCCGGACCGCAUUGUGAUGAGCGGAGGGGCCACCGGAGCUCACGAGAUGCUGGUCUUCUGCUUGGCCGAUCCCGGCGACGCAUUUCUGGUGCCGACGCCGUAUUAUCCAGGAUUCGACAGAGAUCUUCGAUGGCGAACGGGAGUUCAACUAGUUCCAGUGCCCUGCGAGAGCUCUAACCAUUUCAAGAUCACCGGGGCCGCCCUGGAAGCUGCCUUCCGGCGAGCCAAAGACGCCAACAUCCGAGUCAAAGGCCUGCUCAUCACCAACCCAUCCAACCCACUUGGCACCAUCUUAGACAAAUCCACCAUGCGAGACAUCCUCAGCUUCAUCACCCGGAACAACAUCCACCUCGUCCUCGACGAAAUCUACGCCGCCACGGUCUUCAGCCAGCCCCGCUACACCAGCAUCGCCGAGAUAGUGGAACAAGAAAGCGGCUCCAACUCCAUUAACACCGAUCUCAUCCACAUUGUCUACAGCCUCUCCAAAGACCUCGGCUUCCCCGGCUUCCGAGUCGGCAUCGUUUACUCCUACAACGACGCCGUCACAAGCUGCGCGCGCAAGAUGUCGAGCUUCGGCUUGGUUUCGACCCAAACGCAGCACCUGCUCGCCGCCAUGCUUUCUGACAAUGAUUUCGUCGGAAAGUUCGUCGCCGAGAGCGGGAAAAGGUUGGCGAAGCGGCACGAAGAUUUCACGAAGGGGCUGGCUCAGGUGGGCAUCGGGAGCUUGGAGAGCAACGCGGGGCUGUUCUUCUGGAUGGACCUGCGGCGGCUACUAAAGGAGCCAACGCCUGAGGCCGAGUUGGCGCUCUGGAAAGUGAUUGUCCACGAAGUGAAGCUCAACAUCUCGCCGGGAGUGUCUUUCCACUGCUCGGAGCCGGGCUGGUUCAGGGUUUGCUUCGCCAACAUGGACGAUGACACCAUGAGAGUUGCUCUAAGAAGGAUUCGGAGCUUUGUGGCGAAGAGGAAGGGGAUGGAAGGGCCGGCCAAGAGGCAGUGUUGGCGGAGUAAUUUGCAAGUUAACCUGUCGUUUAGAAGGAUGGAUGACAUUACCAUGAUGUCCCCUCACUCGCCCCUUACCUCGCCGCUCGUCCGAGCUCGGACUUAGGGAGGGACAGAUCGAUGAUGAACGGGUGUCAGUCAGACUUAACAACUGAUUAUAUUCUGUUUCAAGGCGACCAUUACCAUUACCAACUUGGAAAUGCAUACGCCAAGUGCUACAAAAAUAGGCACAUUGUGUUAACACAUUCAAUAACUAGAUGCUAGCACACUAGACACAUAGUGUUAUCACAUUCGUUUAUAAAUGUAUUGCCAAAUCAAGUUAAUUUAA